ACACAGCUACCUUUCAAGAUGGCGCAGGGAACCGUGAAGGAGACUAUUGGGAAUGGCUGAGUCCUCUACAGAUGACCAUGUUGCUUGUUGCACGUAAAAAUUGUGCAUGACUAAAACUUAAAGGGAUUAUUGUAAACGGAUGAUAUAGAAAACUUUUCACUGGAAAACUCAGAUAUUUCAGAGAGAUUUGACUUUCUUUGGUCGAGUUGGUCGGGUACUGGGUACGAGCUAACAUCGUCACCAUGGAAGAAGAUGUCUCGUGUGUUUAUCCGGCACCGCUGAAAAGUUUGUCAUUUGAGGCGACGACAACUCCACUACUCGCAACUGCUGGGCUGAGCCUUUUCCAAGCCGCCUGUAUCCAAGGUGACGUCUUCACAGUUUCACUGCUUUUGGACUUUAGCCCAAGUCGUCUUGACAACGCAAUAGCUUUAACGAUAUCGACUUGUCGCGAUGCUCCCUUGUAUGAUGAACUGCUGCCUUUGACUUUGUCGAGUCUCGGAAACACAAGAAACCAUGAACAAAUAUACAAACAGCUUAAUAAAACUGACGACGAGUUUAUUGGAAGAUCUUUGAUCCAUAUAGCAGCAAGCAGAGGAAGCUAUGAAAAUGUUCAAAGACUGCUUUCUCUUGGUAUUAAUUCCAACGAAGUCGAUCCAGACACACGUGUCACGCCUCUCAUGCUUGCGGCAAGUCGCAGUUCUCCUCGUUUUCUCGAGAUUCUUAUUGAGAAAGGAGCGUCAAUUCAAGCCCAGGAUCAAACUGAUUCGUAUGCUUUACACUACGCUGCUCUUCACGGCAAAACGAGAAAUGUYAGAUUUUUGAUAUUCAGCGGAGCCAACGUAAGUGAUAUCAAUGGACGGCGCGAAACCCCUCUUCACCUCGCUGCAAAAUAUGGGCAUACCAAAACAGUAGAAUUAUUGGUGCAAAGCGGAAGUGACGUCAAUAUCAAGACAGCAGGAGGAGACACUGCUCUCAUGUUGGCUGUGAUUGGUGGUUACAAGGAGACGGUGUCGUAUUUAGUUAAUCACGGGAGCUCUGUUCAUAUCCAGGGGGGUCUUGAUUUCACUGCGCUCCACCAUGCGUGUAAGGAAGGUCAUGCCGACAUUGCAACACUUCUUAUCAAGAAAGGAAGCAACCUCGAGGCGACGACGUCAGGGAAAACACCGUUACAUCUUGCAGCCACCUAUAACCAUUGUGAGAUUGCUAAACUACUCUUCGUAAGUGGAUGUGAUAUGGACGCGCAUGACAUGUUCGGGAGAACUGCUGUCCACUAUGCCGCCCAACAGGGUAACAUCGAUAUGAUUAAGCUACUAGUCCGAAGAGGCGCAAAUGCUCAUGCUGAGGACUCAGAGGGACAGACACCAUUAUUCCAGGCAACAAUAUUUGACCAGAUCGAGUCUGUGGAUGCCUUGAUUCUUCAUGGUGCCUACGUCAAUGUGCGCGACCAUUAUGAGCGGUCACCUCUUCAUUAUGCUGCACAGGAAGGCAAUGCAAACAUUGCUGGACUCCUCAUUAGCAGAGGUGCUGUUAUCGACGCUGUUGCUUUCAAUGGCGAUACGCCGUUACUUCUUGCUGUUGGCUAUGGCAGCACUGAUAUUGUCGAACUUUUGCUCCGGCAGGGCGCGUGUGUGAACGCCCAAAACGCCGCUGGAGUUUCACCAAUACACCUGGCUGCAGCUAGUAGGAGAACUCGCACGGCGCAACUGCUUAUCUCGAGUGGCGCCAACUUGGAGUUACAUUCCAGCGAAGGCGACACACCCCUGCACAUAGCAAGUCGACAAGGCCUCAAAGAAAUGGUGGUACUUCUUUUAGAAAAAGGAGCUAAUGUAAAUUCAUUAGAUUCGGGUGAUAGAAGCCCUUUAGCAGUUGCAAUAAAUGAGUUAAGAGCUGAUAUCGCUGAACUGCUUUUGAGACACGAUGCUGAUGUUAAUAUCAAAGAUGGCGAGGGUCGAACUCCACUUCAUGCGGUGUAUUCAAAUCUUACUCAUGUUCUUGUAGAAGAGAGGAUUUCAAAUCAGCUCGCAAAUCUACUUCUCAGAUUUGGUAGCGAUGUGGCAGCCGAAGACAUCAGGAAACAAACUCCUCUCCACUUAGCUUCAAUAUCAGGAUCAGGUUCUUUGGUCCAACAGUUGCUUUCGUACGCAAGCGAACCGAAUGCUGCGGACAAGGACGGCUUUACCCCCCUGAUCUGUGCWCUUUURUAUUCUCGCCGUGCAGAACCUGUCGUCAAGACACUUAUUCAGGGGGGUGCAGACGUUACUAAAGCAGAUGUUUACGGGCGKACCGCUUURCACUAUGCAGCUGGAUUGAACGGAUCCAGAAGAGUCUGUGAGCUGUUGAUACAGACGGAGAAAAUUGACAUCGAAGCAGCUGAUAAUGAGGGAAACACRGCUCUUCAUCUCGCUGCUCUCUAUCGCAGCACGCCCACGGCUGAUUUGUUGGUCAAGAAGAAAUGCAAUGUUAAUUCAAAAAAUAAUGAAGGCCAAAGCCCGCUACACUGUGCUGUGGCUGCCAAGUGYGUUUGUACGCAUGGCUGUAGAAAGUGCGUUUGGAAGUACAACACAGUUGAGUUACUCGUGGAGGAUGGAGCMUGUAAAGUUAACCUAACUGACAACGAGGGUAACACGCCUCUUCAUAUGGUAACAGCUUCGAUAACUGAUACAUCUACAGCACGGUUACUCAUUAGAAAAGGAAUUAAUGUGAAUGCAGUCAAUAAACAGGGAAAGACAGUGCUGCAUCUUGUUUCUGCAAUGAAGUGUGAGCGAAGCAGAGAAAGAUUUACYAAAUCGAGAUGGACAUACGGGACAGCCGAGCUCUUGAUUCGGUACCGCUGCAGUAUUAACGCGAAAGAUCACUGUGGCAAUACGUCGUUACAUUACACAGCUCAAGCCGGACGAGACGACAUUGCUCAGCUACUUCUUGACAAUCAUGCAGACAUCCUUGUAGCAAAUAAGUGCGAACAGACUCCUCUUCAUGUAGCAGCUGCGGAAGGCGCGAAACAAGUUGCGGAGCUCUUGGCUUCAAAGGGAGCGGACCUACAGGCCUUAGAUAGCGAGGGACGGUCCCCAUUAGAACUCGCUGAAGCAGGAGGACAUUUUGAAACUGUCGAGAUGAUUGAACAGUUUCUUUGGACUUGAAUGAUACGUMCUGACAUUUGUCAACAACACGGCCUCUCUGUAAAGUGACAAGCUAGAUAAAUGCAACAUCUACCAAAGGGUAUAACSCUACCACUUUAUCAGAAGACUUUGCAGCACCUUUUGUGGAAUAAAGAUUUAUKUGAUGACCUUUAUAAGAAAGUGAGAACUCUUUGCAAUAAAUUGUUCAGUGAACAUAAACAUUGUUCCUUGUACAUCAUACUUUUAUUACAAAAGKAAAGCAAAUAUAUACCGUAUAAACACAGAUAAUAAAUAUUUUUUUAGAUA